AUGGCCCCGAAACAGCGCGACCCCCCGCCCGCGCCCGCGAGCGGUAUUCUAUCUAAUGUAUUUGGCUUUGUCUCGCGCGAGAUCGAAUCCUUUGUUACCACCGCGACCGGUUUAGGUGACAGCCAGGCGACUAUCCCGUCACAGGCGUCGACAUCGCGCGUCAAACUCGAAGAUAGUCGAAGAGUAAAGGUAAAGAAGGUCGGGCGCGACAGAGCAAAGUCAAAACACGCGCGAGGGACUACUGAUGACGCCGAAGAGGACGAUGCGCGCCGGCGGAAGCUGGCGCGAGCCAGGGAGCGGUCGAGCAGCCCGCCAUUACUUGCACGGCAUACUGUGAAGAAGCAUAAGCAACAUAUAUCUCGAGUCUCAACGUCUGCAUCCCCUCAUCUAACGAUUGGCGCUGUGGAAGGUCGGUUUGGCCUCUUCUCCGUUUCAUCAUCGUAUGAAAGCAAUUGUACAGAAUGCGGUAAACAUUCCGGUACUCUAUAUCCCAGAGAAGAACAUAUGCAUAAAAUAAAGUCGCAAAGGCUUCCAUCGCCGACGCGUAGCGAGGAUGCAGGUCCACAUUCCCCCUCGCGUACACCCCCUCCCAUACCAGCCCUGCUCCUUCCUCGAUCGACGCCAAUCACCAUGCCAGGUUCCUUUUAUCCUCGUUCUGAAUCGAUAAUGCCCGAUUUAACACCAAUGCUCGCGCGUCGUAUAUCUAAUCUACCCCGUACCCCAAGUCCGCCAUUACGUUCAAUUUCUCAGUCACAGCCUGGGCCUUCACGUUCUCCCGAUCAUUCUCGAGCAUCAGACGCGACCUCGCAACUUGAAGGGACCACCAGAGGCCGGAAACGUGAAUUGGAUUCCACAAGAAUCAGUGCAAUGCCUGAUAAGGAUGAUUUUCUCCAACCUGCUUUUAUCGAGGGCCAUUCCUGUGACCGUUCGAUCCUUGUCGUGGAUAGCAAAGGGAAAAGAACAGAAAUAUCAAGAGAAGGUGAAUUAUCAGAUAAUACAAAACGAUCAUCCAAGGCAAAGGGCAAAGAGCGUGCCUGUGACACGUCUGGGGAGAUUAGGGUGCGCGGGAAGGAACGUGAGCUGCGUGCCGCACGCGAAGCCCAGCUGCGUAAUGAGCCGCCCCGUGAUGAUGAAGAGCGAGGUCGUGACAAGCAGCGCAUACGGAUGUUAGAAGAGGAGAUUGAGAGGUUGAAAGCUCAGCUUGCCGCCCACAACUCCACAUCUUCACAACUCCCACCACCACCUCCGCCGCCGCCGCCACCUUUUCGACCGUCGUCGAGUUUGCCGAGCAUGCCCUUCAAGGUUCCCGACCUUCCGCCUGGAGUCCCUCGCGCUACAGAGUCUUUCUUGGCAAAUGUUCGCGCGAAUCUCAAGCAUACUGCACUGCCCGUCGAGGUCCCUAUUAACGACGUAACUGGGCGAACGAGACGAGCUGGUCAGCCGACUGUGAAUGUCCCCACAGACAAGAUGGCCGCGUUUUUGAACGAGAUGAAGACAGUAAGACUGCGAAGGAUCAGCACUGGCACUGGAGCAAUGCCUCCCCCUUCCUUAGAUGAUAGGAAUCUGCUACGAAGCAAUAGCGAUACGCGUGCGCGAGGGUAUGCCCACGGCGAGAGAUCGUUCAGCACGGUCGAAGCCCUGGUUGGGGAGAAGAGGAAGCGCGAUGCCAGUGCGGAUGGUGCUCCGUUCAAACGACGUGUCACCACUUUUGCACUGGCCAACAUUAACACAGGAUCAUCCACGACCUCGACCUCUUCCCAGACCUCAUACGAUUCUCGUGCCACAGGUUCCUCAACCUCUAUGUCAUUUGCUCCUGCAUCCCGUCUAUCGGGGCGCACGUGGCCCUCAGUGUCUACAACCGAGACCGAUAUUACAACGCCCUCUCUGUGUUCUGAUAACGAGACGGAGCAACGAAAGGAGGCGGAAAGCUUGCCGCACACACCACCUCAUCCUAUCCGUCGCGAAGGGUCUGUGAAGCAGGGCUCUAAUGCGCCGCCAGACGUAGAGGUGAUCGACGUUGACGCGGAACUGGAGCCGACUCAGAUCGUAGAGUCCGAUCCGCCGGAAACAGUUAAACCGGAUGUUUUCGCCAAGCGCCCUCCCCAGUCACCACUACCUGCUCCUGCGCCUCGCCGGGCGCGUCCGCCGGCGAGGAAACGGGCCAAACAACUCGAAUUUCAGUUUCUGAGAUCUACCGACGGAGACGGUUCGCUGUUGAAAUCACAGGGACAUCCGCGAGGCGGUGCCGUUGCGAGCAGGAAGGGCGGUAAGACAGUGGAGACGAAGAGUCGUUUGCCUGUUCCUGUUCAAACAGCGAAAGCUCCGAGCGGUACGGACAUACCGCAGGAACAAGGCCAGGAAGAGCCAUCUGCUGCGUCAAAUCGUGCGCGACGGCGACGGACAUUGGACGAGGAGCUGCGCAGGGCGGGGGAUGACUUGUGGGCCGAUGAACUGUCGCUGAAGCCUGGUGAUAGUGAGCGACACAACGUAGACAUGGACAGUGGAGAGCUCGUAGGUGUUGGUACGAAGAGCACGCGACAGGGGUUUCUGAAAGGUGGUGGUGGUGGUGGUACUCCGGUCUUUAUGGGUGUAGGGAACAUCCAAGGCGUGGAGGACGACGGAGAUGAUGAAGAUGAGGGGACUGAUGAUGAUAUUCCUCCUCCACCGGUGAGAUCGGCAAGGAGGGUGAGGAGUUAA